CUCCAAUGGAUUACUGGGCCGGGUGGACAGAUAAAGAUAACACAAGCCCACACCAAAUCGUUGGGCUUGGAAAUUUGAGCCCACCAAUUGACCAAACGUACGAAACCCUGAAACGAAGAAAUUGAAAUUCUGGGUUCUCUGCCUCCUCGAUUCCGCUUCGCCGCCGGUUAGUUGCUUCUGAAGAAAUCCUGGGUUCUGUUUUCUGGUUACAGUCUGGUUUCUGCUACCCAAAGUUCGUAUCUUUCGUGGUGGGUUCGUGCUAAAAAAUUGGUCUGGCUCACACUGUCAGUGGUUUCUGAUCGUCGCAGCAUUCAGUUCAACACAGUUCAGCAAGCUCGCCAUGGCAAGAAGGAAGAUGACCCUCAACAAAUGCAUCAUCCAUCACUACUGUUCUCGAGUUCAUCGGCGAGGAAAAACCGGUAUGACUGAAUACCCUUAUUCUUCUUCUUCUUCUACUCCGGCAGCCUCUCUUUCCUCUCUGUUCAGAUCAAGACCAACUACUCGUUGUACAUCAAGUGUACCUACUUUCGCCAGUGUAGAUGAUGCCUUGGAUUCAUUUAAUAAGAUGCUUCAAAUGAACCCCAGACCUUCGAUUGUGGAAUGUGGUCAGUUGGUAACUUGUCUUUUGAGAAUGAAGGCCCCUGAUGCUGCGUUAUUUGCAUUUAGACAAAUGGAAUUGGCUGGAAUCCCCCACGAUCAUUACACUCUUCGCAUGUUGGUUCGCUGCUUCUGUAAAUUGAGCCGGGUGGAGCUUAGCUACUCUGUUUUGGGCAAAGCUUUGAAACAUGGUUUUCAACUGGAUACUGUGAUGUUCGAUGCCUUGAUUCAUGGGCUCUGUAAAGACGCGAAAGUUCUCGAGGCUGUGAAGUUGGUCGAUAAGAUUAGGGUGUUGGGGUAUCAACUCAGUGCCAUCACUUAUAAUUCGAUUGUUCAUGGUCUGUGCAAAGAUGGACAAACGAAUGCUGGUCUGGAAAUGCUAGAAAAGAUGGAAGAUUUGGGUUAUCAACCUGAUAUGACUAGCUAUACCAUCGUCAUCAGUGGUCUCUGUAAGUAUGGAAAUGUAUCAGAAGCUUUAGAUUUGUUUUCUAAGAUGAAGGAUAAAAAUAUGCCACCAAAUGCUGUCCAUUACAGUUGCCUGAUUCGCGGACUAUGUAUCUCAAGCCAGAUGAAUGAAGCAAUGAUGUUGUUUGAUGAAAUGAUAGAAAAGAAUGUCAUGCCUACUGUAUGUACCUUCAACAUAUUAGUUGAUGCUUUUUGUAAGAAAGGAAAGGUAUUGGAGGCUAAAGUUAUAAUCAAAAUGACGAUUCAAAGAGGAUUUCUUCCCGAUGUCAUCACAUACAGUUCAUUGAUGGACGGGUAUUGUUUACGCAACGAGUUAGAGAAAGCUAAAAGAUUACUUGAUUUCAUGGUCAGCAUGGGAUGCAAGCCUACUGUUUAUAGUUAUAGUAUCAUGAUUCAUGGAUAUUGUAAUGCUCAAAUGAUGGGCGAGGCUGAACAAUUAGUUAGUGAUAUGGUUGAGAGGGAUUUGACUCCAAAUAUAGUCACAUAUACUACUCUCAUUAAUGGAUUUUGCCAAGCGGGGAGACUAAAAGAUGCACAGAGACUUCUCAAGGAAAUGCACCAUCAAGGUCUCUCUCCAACUAUCGUGACAUAUGGAAGUUUGUUGCAUGAUUCAUGCAGGCGAGGUCAUGUUGACGCGGCAUUGGCUCUAUUUCAAGCAAUGGAAAAUAGUCAGUUGAAGCCUAAUGUUGUUCUGUAUAAUACUCUUAUAGAUGGCUUUUGGAAAGCCGGGAGGGCUCAAGAAGCAAGGGACAUGUUUUCUAGGCUCUCUAAAGACAGUUGUUUGCAACCUGAUAUUUUCACAUAUAACAUUACAAUUGGUGGACUUUGUAGACAAGGUUUAGUAGAUGAAGCAUAUGAUCUAUUCAGACAAAUGGAACGGGGUAGUUGUCUACCAGAUAGUUGCUCUUAUAACGUGAUUAUCCACGGAUUUCUUCAUCAUAAGGAUCCACUUGAAGCAAUGGACCUUAUUAAGGAGAUGGUUUCUAAAGGUUUCUCCGCUGAUACAUUCACGAUGUCCUUGCUGAUACAGUCAUUGCCCAAGAAUCAGUUGGACCAUCCUGUUGUCCAAAAGCUACUGCAUGAUCCUGAUGUGAGAAGUCAGGAAAUGAGGUCUAGCGGUCUAUCAACUGUUGCAUCCCUAGCAGCUUGUUAGAACUUUUGUCCAAACUUAGAUGGGUUUAUCAAAGCUCUUCAUUCCAGCAGGUGUCAAUACAAACUGAUGCCUUGAAGGAACAAAUAUAUCAUUCCAAAAUUAUGGUGCUUGUAACUGAAGGUAUGUUGUAUUUAUGUGUGCUUCUUCUUUUCUCUUUCUUUCCAUGUGGUUCCUCACACAUGGAAACCAUUGAUAUCAAAACUCUGCAGACUUGCUUAACUCUGCCAUGGACGGAGUAUGGAGGUGGCUAUGUGAUGAAAUGCUAUGGAAACCAUUGAUAUCAAAACUCUGCAGACUUGCUUAACUCUGCCAUGGACGGAGUAUGGAGGUGGCUAUGUGAUGAAAUGCUCUAGAGUCCAUGCUUGUUUUGCAGUUAGGAAACUCUGAAUUUCAAUCAUCAAGUCACAGGUGCUUGGGCUUCGAUGAUCAUAGCCAUGAUGAUCUUCAAUUGAUCACUGGUAGGAAGUGGACUCAUACCCAUGCAGUCCAACUAUGUAAUGGUUAGUUGUUCCCCUCUCUAAGCUUUUGGUUUCAUUGUUAGUUAGUACUUGGCUCUAAGCAAAUAUUCUGCGAUAAUCAACUAUGAUAGCUUAUAGGGCUCACUUAAUAAGAAUUUAGCUGCUUAGUGGUCAUGAAAAUUAUGAUAUCGUGCUGUCAAAAAAAAUAAUUAUGAUAUCGGUAGUCUAAGAGAUGGGGAUUGGGGCCUAAGAUCGUAUCAAGAGGUAUACACCCAGGAGCUUGUUUAAAUUGUUGGCCAAGGAUCAGCUGAGAUUUGUUGAAUGGAUAUCAUGGUCGAAUGCUGGUUGUUGGAUUUGGUGCAUGUAGUAAGACUUAAUGGUGCGAUUAUGAUAUGACAAUUAAGCCUAUUAUGAUUCCAAAAUCCAUUGCUCAUUUGUUCAUUCCAAAACUCUUUAUUCCCUGGCACGAUCACUGAGGUUGAUUCAGUACUGUAUUGGAUGUUGUCUAUGUUUUUUUUUAUCUUCAGGUGUUGAUUGGUUGUGAUACCAUGAAAGAAGUGGCGAGAUAGCUGUAUGAUAUGUCUUGCAGAAUCCCUGAUUUCCAUCAUCAAAUUCAGAAGUUGGACGUGUGAUGAUUACGGUAUCGUUUAUGACCACGAUCAUGAUCAUGGUAGCGACGAUCCUCGAUUGCAGAUGUAACAAGAUGAUGAUGCUGCAGCAGCAGCAGAUUCUUCCCCCGGUAGUCACUGACAGAAAGAAGGCUGGCAGCCAUGAAGACUAAUUAUGUAACAGUGAGCUCUCUGAUGUGUACUAAGCAAGUGAGUAAAGAAAAUCCAUCACUGUUCAAUGUUGUUUCCGUUGUUUUGCUGUAGAAAUACUGAAACAAUACGAUACCUUUGCUUUGUACCAACUGACAUGAAUUUAAGUAGAUUCGAACGGUUCGCAUACUGUAUUUGGAUCGACGUUAUCGUUUUCUUAUAAGCUACAUCAUUCAUGAACAAAAGGAACAAAAAGUA